GAACAGCCAAAUGUCCUUAUGGAAAUUAAAUGUAUUUUCUAUCCAAACAGUUUGUAUUUUUCCCUGAACUUUCGCAUUUAUCAUAUUCCGUGCGAGCCCAGCGAUGGAGAAAGUAAGGAGCUCCAAUGACAAGGAUAGAUAAUGGAAACAGUAAAAAGUAUAUUUUGUAUGCGCGAGUGACGCAAACAAUUCGAGGUAAAUACGCGAUAUUAGCUCGGGAGUGUCGAUUAUUAAGAACAUUAAAGUUGUUAAUAAUUCUGUGAUUAUCAAAGUUCGUUAACAUAUCAAUGUUACUUUUUUAGUUUCGUAAAUAGUACGUCAGAUAGUAUUUCUAUAAAAUUUUUGAAGAUGACAACUUUAGAUACUGAAAUUCGAAAAUUGCAACCUGUUGAGUUAUGUACAUUGUCACAAAUUUUAAAUCAAACAGACUCAUGGAAGAAAUUGAUGGCUAUUGUUCCAAAGGACACAGCUGAAAAUCAUUAUGUAUUCAAUAAUGAACAUUUUAUAAUGAUCGAACAAGCAAUUCGUCAACAACAGAGAAGCGGUGCCGAUAUAUUUUUGUCAGAAUGGAGCACGUUAAAUAAAAAUAGACCAACUUGUCGCUCUAUGCUGGAACUUUUAAUUAAGGCUAAACUCUUCAGGGCUGCAGACUAUUUAGCAGUGAAUAUUUUAAAAAGUGAUCCUCCUAAACGUCCUAAAAGUGGACCAGCAGCCGAAAUAGAUUUAUCUGAUAAAGCAUUAGAAGAAUUAUUGAAGAAGAAUCAAGCUGAAAAUUUAAAAACUGAAUGCCAACUUACAGAAGACAUAAAGACAUCGUGGUCACUUAAUUUUACAGAAAAAUCAAUUAACAUCGUUGAUGAUCGUCGAGAAAAAAUUGAGAAAAAUAUGGAUCAGUAUGAUUUAGUUAAAUUCAGCGGUGAUAAAUCCGAUUUAAUGAAGUUCAGUGUAUCUGACAAAGAAACAAUUAAAGAACUCCCAAACCAAAUGUCAGAUCUAAUGAAAUUCAGCAAUAUUAAAUUAACCGAUGAUCCCGAGUUAAGAAGCUAUGUAUUACAAGAAGCUCGUUCAGAAGAUAUUCCUUUGUGUGUCAGAGAAAAUGCAUUUCAUUCCGGUAAAAUCAUUUUGUCUGAAACUGAAACUUCAGAACAUUCAACGUCUAUGGAUUCUUCAGAUAUUAUACAAUCAUCGAUAUCGAGUGAUCAAGUAAAUUUACCAAAUGUUUCACAAAAUGUUAUACCUAUAAUGGUUCUGGAAUAUAAUGGAAAUAAAGACAAAAGUGCCACGUGAUAAUUAAAUCCUAUAUUUAUGUAUAAU